UCGUCGUCCGAAAGGGACGGAGAGCCACUGCAGGAGGCGCGGUGCCGGUUCCGCUUCCAGCGCCUAGAGGGCGCUGUCGCGCCGGAGCGUAACCGCGGGUCAGCGCAUCAGCCCGCUCAUGUGCAGCAGCAGCAGCAGCAGAAGCAGCCGUCAGUCGGGGGACGUGCGGUCGCGGUGUUUUCAUGUAGACGAAGGUCGGAGCGAGCGCUGACACAUCUCGCGGGGCGGGAGGAGGAGAGGAAGGAUCGCAGAGACCGUACUGAUGAAGAGAUGGCGGCGGAGUCGAGCAGGAGAUUCGCGAAGAACGUGCUGAAGCCGGGCAGCGCGGCUGAGAUACGGCAGACGGCGUGCAGCGCUGUGAGACAGUCGACUGUGGCGCAGGAGAAGCCAAAGCUGAUAGAUCCCUUGGACUACGAGGCAGUGAUCUCUGACCUGGAGGCAGAGCUGAAGGAGGACCCCUUGAAAGACCUGCUUCUCUUUCCUGAACAGGACUUCACGGUGUCUAAAGUACCCUUGGAGAGACGGACCCUGAAGUCCACAGUGCCAGAAGGAGCAGAAGAGGCAGAGUGUCUGCUGGUCAGACAGGCCUGCAAGUACUACAACUCCCAGUUAAAUGUCAUCAAUUACAUGUAUGAGGAGUAUGCAGGGGAUUAUCGACAGCUGCCCAGAAAGUCCCACAAAGUGGAGAAGCUGCCAUCCCACUCCUUCGAAAUCGACCAUGAAGACGUGGACAAGGAUGAGGACACGACCUCGCUGUCCUCAUCGAAAGGGGCUGGCGGAGGGGGUGGUGGCAGCGGAGCUGGAAUUGGCGUGUUCAAGUCUGGAUGGCUGUACAAGGGGAACUUCAACAGCACAGUGCACAACAGUAUUACAGUGCGGUCGUUCAAAAGGAGGUACUUCCAGCUGACGCAGUUAACAGACAACUCCUACAUUAUGAACUUCUACAAAGAUGAGAAGAUUUCCAAAGAGCCUAAAGGCUGCAUCUUCCUUGACUCAUGUACGGGUGUCAUCCAGAACAACCGGCUGCGGAAGCACGCCUUUGAACUGAAGAUGAAUGAAGUGACGUACUUCGUGCUGGCCGCGGAGAGCGAGCAGGACAUGGAGGACUGGAUCAGCACCUUGACGCGCAUACUGCAGAUCAGUCCGCCCGAGUGCCCCGCCAUGGAUCGCAAGAGUGCUGACCUGUCUGACACACGGCAGGAUAUAGUGGAAUUGUCACUGUGUGACAUGAGAGUUACUGACAAUGAGGAGAAGUCAGAGGACAGUAUGAAUCCUGAAGUGGCAAAGUAUAUCACAGAGACGGACGAGAUGGUCCAGGAGGCAAGGAGUGAGGACAGAUUAAACUUGUUCUCCUUAGACCCUGAUAUUCCUGUGCUACGGAGUUCACGGGGAGAUGGGUCAGCCGGCGAGCCUAACACAGUGCGGCCUUUUGAGGAGAAGUUGGGCCGGAGGCUCAUGAUCUCCUGUCACAGCCUAAACCUGACGUUGCAGGGCUGCGUGAGUGAGACGGAGACGGGGCCUGUUACCAACAUUGAGCCGUUCUUUGUGACGGUGGCUCUGGUGGACGUUCGGGAGGCCAGAAAAGUUUCGGCCGACUUCCACGUGGACUUGAACCACGAGGUUGUGCGGCAGAUGCUCAGUGAUGUGGGGACAGCAGGGACCCCAGGGACACCCAGCAUGGUGCAGGAGAAUGGAUUUAGCUCUCUAGUGGAGAGGAGAUCUGGAGACUGCCAACUAGAGGCAAUGCUAGACAGCUGGCUCCGCUACCCUACACAGGCUAUUUUUUCUGUGACGAAUCCCCACGUUGACAUUGUCCUGGUGGCGCGGAUAGAGAAGGUGCUUAUGGGAAAUAUUGCCAGUGGAGUGGAGCCCUACAUCAAGAAUACAGACUCUAGCAAGACUGUUCAGAAAAUAUUGAAGUCCAACAAGCAGUUCUGUAGCAAGCUGGGGAAAUACCGCAUGCCCUUCGGCUGGUCAGUGAGGUCUGUAUUUAAGGACAAUCAGGGAACUGUGGACAGGGAAUCUCGCUUCUCCCCACUGUUCAAGCAGGAGAGCAGCAAGAUCUCCACAGAUGACCUGGUCAAGCUCAUUUCGGAGUAUAGGAGGGCAGAAAAGAGCAGCAAGCUGCAGAUCAUCCCAGGAAGCCUGGAAAUCACUGUAGACUGUGUGCCAAUGGAACAUCCAAACUGUGUUACAUCCUCCUAUGUCCCACUGAAGCCCUUUGAGGACUGCAAACAGCACCCGCCAACAAUAGAGGUGGAGGAGUUUGUUCAAGAAUCAGCCAAGUUCUCCCAGCCUUUCAGGGUCUACAAGAAUCACAUCUAUGUGUAUCCCAAGCAUCUCAAGUAUGACAGCCAGAAGAGCUUUGCAAAGGCAAGAAACAUUGCUAUUUAUAUUGAGUUCCGGAGCUCCGAUGACGAAACUGCCAAACCGUUGAGGUGUAUCUACGGGAAGCCUGGAGGUCCAGUUUUCACCACUGCUGCCUGCUCCACUGUACUCCACCAUUCCCAGAACCCAGACUUUUAUGAUGAGGUGAAGAUUGAGCUGCCCACACAGCUUCAUGACAAACACCACUUGCUCUUCUCCUUAUAUCAUGUGACUUGUGACAUCAAUGCUAAGACCAAUGCCAAGAAGAAAGAGGCCUUGGAAACCCCAGUGGGUUAUGCCUGGUUGCCCAUCCUGAAAGAAGGGCGACCUGUAUCCCAAGAGCACAGUAUCCCUGUGUCUUGCAACCUCCCACCAGGCUAUCUGCUCACAAAGGACCCAGGCUCUGGAAAGAUCGGGACAGAUGUAAAAUGGGUUGAUGGAGGGAAACCCGUAUUUAAGGUGUCGAGUCAUGUAGUCUCCACCGUCUACACUCAGGACCCCCAUCUGAGCCGCUUUUUCCAACAGUGCCAAAAACGAGAGAUGGCCCUCUCUCAACCACCUACCUCAGAUUUCAUCAGCAGUCUGCAGGGCCUGGUUAGCAUGGAGCAGAUCCACGUGAUCGUCCGCUUCCUCCCCAUUCUUUUCAACCAGCUGUUCAAAGUCUUGGUCCAGAAUGACAAUAAUGACAUCACCGCCGCAACCACCAGGGUUCUGAUCCAUAUCGUUGCUAAGUGCCAUGAAGAUAAUCUGGACCACUACCUGCACUCCUACAUAAAGUUUGUGUUUCAGGCAGAAUGUCACGGCUCACUGACAGUCCACGAGGAGUUGGCCAAGGGCAUGACCUCCGAGCUGAAGAGCAAUGAACAAGCAGCUGUGAAGAACGUCCUGAAGUAUUCCUGGUUCUUCUUUGACCUCAUCAUCAAGUCCAUGGCCCAACAUCUGGUAGAUCUAGACAAGAUGAAGCUCCCACGACCACAAAGGUUUUGCGCGUCGUACUUGGCCACGCUGGAAACCCUGGUCAUGACCGCUUCAGACCACGUCUUCUGGAAGAACAAAGAGAUGUUAGAAGAGACCCGCAGCGCUAAUUUGGCUAUAGCAAGUUUUGUCAAGCGCUGUUUCACUUUCAUGGAUCGAGGGUUCACCUUCAAGCUCAUCAGCAACUAUAUCAACAUGAUCACAGCCAGUGAUAACAAGACCCUGUUCGAGUUCAAGUUUGAGUUCCUGCGUGAGGUGUGCAACCAUGAGCAUUAUAUUCCGCUCAGUCUCCCUUUGCCCUCGGCCAGGAUCACAGAUCUUGGCUCACCUUCAGAAUCGCAAAUUGCUCAGGUGGACGUUCCAGAGUACAGCUUGACAGGAGAGUUCUGCAGAAAGCACUUCCUAACAGGGCUGUUGCUGCGGGAACUGGGCCUGGCGCUGCAGGAUGAGCAGGACCUGCGGCACCUUGCUCUCGCCAGCCUGAAGAACCUGAUGGCUAAGCACUCCAUGGAUGGACGUUAUGCUACCAGGGAGAAGCAGGCAAAGAUCGCAUUCCUCUACCUGCCCUUGUAUGGCCUCAUUCUGGACAAUAUGCCACGCUUCUUCAUCCGGGACAUAUUCCCCCCAUACUUCCAUCCCAGUGACCAAGAUUCCCGUGAUGACCUAAGCAUGGGUGGAGGCUUCACGGCCCAUGUGACACAAGCCCUACGGCACGGCAACUCUGUUGACGCCUCUUUCUCUAAAGAAGUCCUCAACUCCAUCACAGCCUUUUCGUCUCUGGCGGUGUCAACGGGCAACCAAGCUGAUUCCCGUGGCUCAUUGAUCAGCAUCGACUCGAACCCUAGCACUAGCGACAAGAAUAGUGAGAAGACUGAUGGUUUUGAAAAGUAUGCCCGGCCGCAGUCGCUCAUCGGGUUUGGCUCGCGCUUCGACAAGCUUGACCAGGCCGAGACUCGCAGCCUGCUCAUGUGCUUCCUUCACAUCAUGAAGACCAUCUCGGAGGACGUCAUGGUGUCAUACUGGCAACGGGUUGUUCACCAGGAAAUCUCUGAUUUUUUCAACAUAUUAGAGCUCUGUCUCCAGCAGUUCAGGUUUUUGGGGAAAAGGCACAUAGCAAGGAAGCUGGCGGCGGCGGUUAAGCUGGCACAGGCCACCCAGAACAACGGCACCCUGAAGGGCUGUAGCAAUUCCACCCAGUCCUCCGGCCUGCUCCCGCAAUGGAUGCAGUCUGGACAGGACGGACAUCGCCACGCUCGCUCGCAGACCAUGCCUAUCAUCCGUGGGAAAAACGCCCUGACCAAUCCCAAACUGCUGCAGAUGAUGGAGACGAGUAGCGCCAACUCCAAUGGCACAGCUGGCGAUGGUGACGUCGUGAGCCCCACGGAUAUGGAAGCCAACUUGUCGACGGAGGUCGGCCUUACCAUCUUAGACAUACUGGGCCUUUUUGUCCAGCACCACAGGAAACAGCUGCAGCACGAAGAUGGCCAGAACACCUUGAUGAAGAACGUCUUCAACACAUACCUUCUGUUCUUCCAGAUCAACCAGUCCACCACCACACUGAGACAUGUGUUUGCUGCACUGCGUCUCUUCAUCGAUAAGUUCCCUGCAGCAUUCUUCCAGGGUCAAGCUGACCUGUGCGGCCAGCUGUGCUAUGAGAUCCUGAAGUGCUGCAACCACCGCUCCAGCUGCACACAGACCGAGGCCUCUGCUCUGCUCUACUUCUUCAUGCGCAAGAACUUUGAGUUCACCAAAGGGAAAUCCAUCGUCCGCUCACACCUGCAGCUGAUCAAGGCUGUGAGUCAGCUGAUUGCUGAUGCUGGGAUCGGUGGCUCGCGCUUCCAGCAGUCUCUCGCCAUCAUCAAUAAUUUUGCAAAUGGCGAUGCGCCACUGAAAAACACUACGUUCUCGGCGGAGGUGAAGGACCUGACCAAGCGCAUCCGAACAGUUCUCAUGGCCACCUCCCAGAUGAAGGAGCAUGAGAAGGACCCGGAGAUGUUAGUGGACCUGCAGUACAGUCUAGCAAACUCGUAUGCCAGCACACCAGAGCUGCGGCGCACUUGGCUGGAGAGCAUGGCCAAGAUCCAUGUCCGGAAUGGUGACCUUUCCGAGGCUGCCAUGUGUUACAUCCACAUUGCCGCCCUCAUUGCUGAGUACCUGAAGCGGAGGGGUUACUGGAAAACUGAAAAGGCCAGGGGAUCAAGUGUGUUCACAGAGGACGCAAAUGUUUUUAACUGUAGCCCCUUACUAACAACCCGAGAUGGAGAAACUUCAUUCUCCAUGGGCUGGGCUGCCUUUCUGUGCAUUACACCAAACGUGAAGGAGGAGGGAGCCAUGAAGGAGGACACUGGCAUACAGGACACACCCUACACUGAGGCUACACUGGUGGAGCAGCUGGAGCUGUGUGUGGAUUACCUGUGGAAGUCGGAAAGGUAUGAGCUCAUCGCUGAUGUCAACAAGCCCAUCAUUGCCGUCUUCGAGAAGAGAAGGGACUUUAAGAGGCUGUCAGAGCUCUACUACGAUAUCCACCGCUCCUACCUGAAAGUCACUGAGGUGGUGAACUCCGAGAAGCGGCUGUUUGGGCGAUACUACCGUGUGGCGUUCUAUGGCCAGGCGGCGGGGUUCUUUGAAGAGGAGGAGAGUAAGGAGUUCAUUUACAAAGAGCCCAAGCUCACAGGUCUGUCCGAGAUUUCCCAGCGACUCCUAAAACUCUACUCUGACAAGUUUGGGGCCGAGAACGUCAAGAUGAUCCAGGACUCCAAUAAGGUGAACCCAAAGGACCUGGAUCCAAAGUAUGCCUAUAUCCAGGUGACCUAUGUGACACCAUAUUUUGACGAGAAGGAGCUCCAAGAGAAGAAGACGGACUUUGAGCGACAUCACAACAUCAAGCACUUUGUGUUCGAGACGCCUUUUACGCUCUCAGGGAAAAAGCACGGCGAUGUAGAGGAGCAGUGCAAGAGGCGCACCAUUCUAACCACUAGCUCCACCUUCCCCUACCUGAAGAAGCGUAUCCAGGUUGUGGAGCAGCAGAGCACGGAGUUGAACCCCAUUGAGGUUGCCAUCGACGAGAUGUCCCGCAAGGUGUCUGAGCUCAACCACCUCUGUAACAUGGACGAGGUUGACAUGAUCCGUCUCCAGCUGAAGCUGCAGGGCAGCGUCAGUGUCAAGGUGAAUGCAGGACCCAUGGCAUAUGCUCGUGCCUUUUUAGAGGAGAAAAAUGCCAAGAAGUACCCUGACAACCAGGUCAAACUUCUCAAGGAGAUUUUCAGGCAGUUUGCGGAGGCAUGUGGACAGGCUCUGGAUGUGAACGAGAGGCUGAUCAAGGAGGACCAGUUGGAGUACCAGGAGGAGAUGAGGGCUCAUUACAAGGACAUGCUGAGCGAGCUGUCGGCCAUCAUGAAUGAACAGCUGCAUAACGGCAUCCUUUCCUCCAGCUUCCGCACUUCUCUUUCUAACAUCUCGCUCAGUACGGUUUCCAAAACGGAUUCUGCACACAAAGCAGUGAGGAACGGAAUGAGCCCACGCCUUCUGAGCAUCCCGUAGAAGGACCGGGACCCGCCGGACACCCCACGCCCACCACCCUGGUAUUGCUCACCGAAUUUGACACAGAAAUUGAGAAGCUGUGAUAUUUUGUCAACUGGAAAUAAGGGAAGGGAUACAAACUUCAGAUUUAUUAUUUUUCUAACUGACUCUCGUCUAAGGCUGCAACCUUUAAAUGGAUGGCAGAGGAUCAUGUUUGCAGGCUGCUGUGGUAUUUUUCCAGUUUUUUUUUAUUUAAUUUUUUAAUUUUUUUUUUUUUAAACUGUGCUUGCAUUUUUCUAAGACUUAGUUUUGAAUUUGUUUCGAGGCAGGCAUUCCAAGUGCAUCCAACAGAAGUGAUUUUUGUACUUUAGAGUUACAACUUUUUUUUUUUUUUCUUUUUCUUUUUCUUUUGCCAGUCUGUUCUGUGCGGCUCUUUUCUGACACACAGCCAACUUGAAAUGGCAACGUGGUGAACGCAGAGCAGCGGCGUUGGCUGUGUUUCUUCUGACUUUUUAUCAAAUUUAAACUGAGUAUUAUGGCUACUGUGGCCACAGAGUUAGAGGUGAAGACAAAAAAGUCUAAAUGAAUGUGGAAUCAGCGGCACUUUUCUCUAUCACAUCUAACAGAGUGGAAUUCAAAGCUUGCAAAUUUCAAAAUGGAAGGUCAAUGUUUUGUA